GGAACCCGCCGCACCGCGAGCACCACCGUCCCCGCAUCCAGCGCGCACCCCCACACACAGUCACAACCCCGAAUAUGGAUUACUCAAUCCGCGCGGCCAACGUGGAGGACUGCAAGGACAUCUCGCGGAUGAUCCUGGAGCUGGCCGAGUACGAGAAAAUCGCAGAGCACGUGAAAAUCACGCAGAGAGACCUGGAGCAGGAUGGCUUCUCCAAGAACCCGUUCUUCCAUGGGAUCAUCGCUGAGGUGCCGGAACAGCACAAAACCAAAGAAGGUCAUACCAAGAUAGGCUACGCGCUGUACUUCUUUUCCUACAGCUCGUGGAGCGGCAGAGCUGUUUUUAUGGAGGACCUGUACGUGAUGCCUGAGUUCAGAGGGAAGGGCAUUGGUAAAGCGCUGAUGAGCAAGGUAGCGCAGCUCGGCCUGGCCGCUGGCUGCCACCUGCUCGACUUCACCGUCCUGGACUGGAACAAAUCAUCUCUGGACUUUUACCACAGCCAAGGCUGCGUCGAUAUCACGGCGAACAUGGGCUACCACCUGAUGCGCUGCGAGGGAGAGGCGCUGCAGCACCUGGCCCAACCCUAACCCGACACUGGGCUGAUGGCGGCACGACCUGUCACAACCACGAGGUCGACACACACAGUGCAGGGAUAGAGCACCACUCAGUGGCCCCGUUCCAAAACUUGACAAUGACAAUCACGAAGCCGAUAUCUCGCAAUCUUGUUCAGCCCCGGCCCCCUUGGUUUCUGUCUUCGAGCUAAGUUUGACAUGCUAGCGCAGCACAAUGCAGUUUACAAAGAUGCCAGUGGCAGAUUCACCGCCUGGGUCUUCCAUUUCAAAUAGAGGCAACCGACCACGCUUCUUUGUCAGCUGGAAUGACUGCAGCUGGCAGAUUUUGUUAGCUGGCGUUAGCUAGCGUUAGCCAAUUAGUGGCUAAGUCACUGGGAUUGCUGACGACCAGAGCUACAACUUUUUGACGUUUACAGCUGGUUUUCUUUAAAACAUGAACCUUGUACGAUACGCACAUUAUGGCCUCAUACAGAACAUGGUCAGCAUCCUACCAGUUAACGUGGAACUUGCUGUGUAGAAUUAGUUAGCCCGGCUUUCUCUUAAAAUGCUUUUAUUCUCUGCAAAAACAUGUUUACAUUUUUAAAAAGGUGUGUUUUACUUCUACGGGCGAAGUAGUUUGGAGAAUGAGGACUCCACUGGGAUGUUCAACAAACGCGAAGCUAGCUCGGAUAGCGACAAGUCCAGUACUGCGCAAGACGGAGCUGCUAACAUUAGCAUAUACUCUGAUAUAGCUGCGUUUUGGCUCCUUCACAGCCUGACUUCACUCAUAAUCCCACAAAGCUAAUGCUCAUGAGGCUACCACAGGCAGUACCGUGGUUAGCCCUGCAUGCUAACGAUGCAUUCCCUACAAUUCUGCUGUGCUGAUUUUAGUUUUGGACAUUACCCUCCAAACUCUUAAUACAACCUCCCUCACACCGCUUCAGCAUUAUAACCUGCUGUGCCUUGUUAUAAUUGACAUACAUUGGGUUUAGCAAACAGUCAAUUGGCUUAUUAUUUAGAGUCAAGGAUGCAGUUUCAAGUGUUGGAAUGGGGCCUAUGCAAUACAUUUAAAUAGUACAUUAAUGAGGCACUGAAAUCUGUGUUUUGUGUUUUCCUAUUGUGAUGUGUUAUGACUUAGAGCACCUUCUGUGUUAAAUGGAUGAGAUAACUUAACCUCUCUGCUUAAAGUGUGAAAACUUAAGAAUAUCUGGGCACAAUUAAUGUCUAAAAGUGUGUGUGGUGGUGGUGGUGGAUGGGUGUGCAAUUUUCAGGCGAUAGAUAGGGAAGGUAACAUACAGUUUAACAUGUCAUCAUCUAGAAAUUCAAUCAUUUUUUUGCACAAAAAUACAUAAAGGACUUUAUGUAUUGGAAAGCCAAGAUGUACGUUUCAUUGUGUGACUGUUGGAAAAGAGUGAGUUUUUGGUAUCUUAUCCCUUUAAAUCUGUUCUAAUCUAUGACAACAGCCACCAAAGAGUCAGACACCUCUCCCCUCAUCUUCCAGAUGAGGAGUGUUGUACAGCUGUUGUGAAGCACAAUCUUGGUAUUUGCACUGAUCUCUUCCUUUCAAAUUAUGUGUGUGAAGUGAUGAAAUUGUUAAGUAAUGGACGGAAUCUGAAGCUGCUUAUGAAGCCGGGCGACAGCCUCCUCCAGCUGGUUUCAAAGAAAUUAAGUCUAGAAUCAGACAAAAUCAAUCCAUCUUCCAGAAUUAAAAAAAAAAGAAAAGAAUACUAAUUUUAUUUUUUUUAUUUGACUGGGACCAGUUUGCAACCUUGAGCCUGUCCUGCUAGAAAGAAAGGGGAAUAAUUCCGGCCUGCACUUGUGUUUCUUAUUGAACUUUACUUGAAUAAAACGCCUCCUCCACCUUUAGGAUACAGUGCACAAGUCAAAGCCCAGAGGACAGACGCACAAAUGAAUUCACCUGCUGAUUGUGAAGUAUGUUCUGCAUAAUCAAUCUGUACAAGCCAUGUGUAUGUAUUUAUGCAAAGCGGUGGGUAACGAUGCAGACGGACGCACAUCAGCACAGGCGCGUUCCCUGAUUUAAAGUUCAGAAUCUGUUCAAGCUGCUGUGAUGACAUCCUACUGAGUGUACUUUGUCAGUUCAUUAAAGUCCAUUAAAAAGUCAGCGAUAA